ACUUUGGGAUUCUACAAACAGCUGAAUCAAAAUGUUUCUCGUCUGGCUUGGUAUAUUUUUGGCUACGAGAGCCGCCUUGGCAGAACGUCAGAAUAUUACAAUUGGAACUAUUGUAGCCGACAAAGAUGAAUUGCCCUUUGCCAUUUAUCUCACAGGGCCAGCUAUCGAAAUGGGAAUGGAAAAACUUCAGGAAAUUUUGGAAGAGGAAGCCAAUAUCACAUUCCUCCUCAGUGUACCCCAGUCUCAGUGUGUGGCGGACAAGGUCGGUGCGAUAGCGGCGGAAAUGUACUAUGUAGGGAACGUGUCAGCGUUCAUAGGACCUGGUUGUAGUGCAGCAGUGGACGUGGUUGGGAGAAUGGCUAGUUACUGGAAUUAUCCGAUUUUGACUCCGGUCGGCACCAACGAAGAUCUGGGCAACAAAGGAGAUUUUAAAACUCUCACAAGGCUUGCCUACAACUAUGCACAAUUAGGACGAUUUUAUAGAUACGUUUUCAAAGAAUUUAAUUGGACCGACAUUACUGUUAUGUAUGAUCUGAUGGGUAAACGCACUCUACCAAGUAAGGUCCUCAACAGACUUAUUGGGGAAAACCUACAAGUGGAAUUUGAAAAAGCAGGGCUAAGAUCCACACUUCUGAAGUUCGUUUCUGAUUCGGAAAAAGAUUACAACGAACUAUUGACCACUGCAAGCACAUCAUCAAGAGUGUUUGUGAUAGCAUGUGACAGUGUCGCUCUCCGAGAACUUAUGAUAGUGGCUCAUUCCCGAGGGAUGACGAACGGUGACUACGUUUUUGUGUAUUAUAAGGCAUUUCGAGGAAUUGGAAAUGGGGACAUUUCAUGGAGAAAAUCAGACGAAAACGAUCGCAUUGUGAAGAAAGCCUACGAAUCUUUGCUUGUUGUUAGUUUGUUCAAACCAGCAAGUAAUGAAUUCAGAACAUUUGAAUCAAAGGUGAAAAACAGAUCCAUGGAGCUAUACAAUUUUAGCUUUGAUGACCGAGGAUAUGAUGUGAAUCCUUAUGUUACAGCGUUCUAUGAUGCGUUCACGAUCUACGGACAAGCCCUAAAAGAAACUAUACAGGCUGGAGAAGAUUAUAAAAACGGGGAGAUGAUUAAGAGCAGGAUCUGGAACAGAACUUUCCAUGGAGUAAGUGGAGAGAUUCUUAUUAAUGCUAAUGGUGACAGAGAAAUGGACAUGAUGCUGUUGGAUAUGCAUCCAAAAUCGGGGGAAUUCCAGGCAGUUGGAUAUUUUUACGGAUCAAAAGGAAGGUUUGAAUUUGACCCUGAUGUCACCAUACACUGGCCGAACAACAAGGGUCCACCAGCAAACCAACCUCGAUGCGGCUUUACUGGAGAUGCACCUGAAUGUCAAAUCACAGGGUUUCCUUUGAUUGGAAUCAUAUCAAUUGUGUUCUCAGGUGUGAUACUUCUCCUGGGCUUAUCUGUUUUAAUUGUUUACAGGAGAAUGAAAAACGAGUCAGAAUUGUACAGCAACUGGUGGCGGAUCCCUUGGGAAGAGAUCAUAUGGAUCUCCUCUGGUAAAAGCGAAACCUCUAGUAUUGGGUUUUCUGUGUCUAAGCUGAAGUCUUUGUGUGACGAAGAAUUAAGCUUGGUUAAAUACAGAAACACUCUGGUGGCCGUAUAUAAGGGGGCAAAGGUGUCUCUUUUCAAGUUCAACAGGAAUGCGUUGCCUACCACAAGAGAAUUCCUUUUAGAUUUAUUACAGCUUAGAAACAUAAACUGUAACAACUUGACAAAAUUUAUCGGACUAACCGAGAGUACCUCAGGUGUUUAUGCUGUGAAUGAAUACUGUACCCGUGGGGAUUUAAGGGAUAUUCUAAGUAAUGAUUCCUUCACACUGAAUUGGGAAUUUCGAGCGUCCUUAAUCUGUGACAUAAUUCAGGCAAUGGACUACAUCCAUAGCUCCAACGUCAAAUAUCACGGUCAUCUGACUAGUAUGAACUGUGUGAUCGACAGCCGCUUUGUUUUAAAAGUUACAGAGUUUGGAAUACAGUCUCUUAGAGAUUUUUGUAUAGAUAUUACUGAUAAAGAUACUCUGCUGGUUGCCCCUGAGUUACUUCGUAAACCAAAAGUUGAGAGGGAUGUAUUGGAGAUGCAGUAUGCUGAUAUUUACAGCUUUGGAAUUAUCCUAUAUGAAAUAUUGUCACGUAAAGAGGCAUUCGAGGACGACAAAGAAUUUCUCUCGUUUGAAGAAAUAAUUAGAAAGCUAAAGGAGGUUGAUGAAACACCAUUCCGCCCAAGGUUAGAUGUUGCUGACGCUGACAAAGAAAUGGUAAAUUUAAUGAAGGCUUGCUGGAAUGAAACCCCUAAAGCUAGACCAACUUUUACUGCAAUCAAAAAAGAAGCUUCACGAUUGCACUGGGAUAAAACUGGUGAUAAGUUUUUGGAUAAUCUUCUAUCCCGGAUGGAAGAGUAUGCUAAUAAUUUGGAAGAUUUAGUCGAAGAAAGAACACAAGCAUUUUUAGAAGAAAAAAGAAGAUCAGAGGAGCUCCUUUACCAAGUUCUACCAAGGUAUGUCGCCGAUGAACUAAGAAAUGGUCGAAUGGUAGAUCCCGAGGCAUUUGGUUGUGUUACAAUAUACUUCAGUGACAUUGUUGGAUUUACGUCCCUUUCAUCCGAGAGUACCCCAAUGCAGGUUGUCGAUCUGUUGAACGAUCUAUACACCUGUUUUGAUAAAAUCAUUGAAAAUUAUGAUGUAUACAAGGUAGAAACAAUUGGUGAUGCGUACAUGGUCGUGUCUGGUCUGCCAGUACGUAACGGUGACAGGCAUGUCGUAGAAAUAGCCAGAAUGUCUACUGCCAUACUAGAUAAUGUAAAAAUAUUUAAAAUACGUCACAAACCGAGUGAAAAAUUACGUGCUCGUAUAGGGUUGCAUUCAGGACCCGUUUGCGCUGGUGUUGUUGGACGAAAAAUGCCACGAUAUUGUCUUUUUGGUGAUACAGUAAAUACUGCCUCUCGAAUGGAGUCAAAUGGGGAGGCAAUGAGAAUACAUGUAAGCGAAUCUACUAGAAAUCUUCUUGCUGACAACCAAGACUUUGAGCUGGAGGAAAGGGGGCAAAUACCUGUAAAGGGCAAAGGUGUAAUGAAAACAUACUGGUUAAAUCGCAGAGAUGGAAUCCGGCUUAUCUAAAUUAAUUUGGCGUUUUGACUGAUCAACAUUUAUCUGGUUUGUUGAAUUGAUGUUAACGAUAUUACAAUGCAGUGAUACAUUUGACAAUCCUCUGAUGUUCAUAAAAUACUUAAAUUUAUAUGUAAAUUACAUUUUGUAUGUUUUUAACUUCAUGCAAUUUUAUGUGAUGAAUAAGAUGCAUGAAAUUUUACAAAGAUUGUUUAUUUGUGAUGUAAAGAACUGCAUGUAUUUG